CCUACGAGGAGAAGAAGAAGAAGAACGUAAAGGAAGCGGAAGUAGAUCGGCUCUCAGAAGGACGUAACUAGCUUGCUAAAUUGGGCCGUAGCACGUUAGCGUAGGAAAGAUGCUGUCAAUUUUUUCUAAUGUGGUGAGGACGUGUGCUCAAAAGAAUGGUGCAGCAGUGGUCGUGUCUGUUAGGGCGUACGCUGACUUCACAACUCAGGCUUCCUUUGAAAUAAAGAAAUGCGACCUCCACAAACUGGAUGAGGGCCCGGCCACUGAAGUGGUGAUGACUCGUGAUGAGGGUCUGCAGUACUAUCGCACCAUGCAGACAAUGAGGCGAAUGGAGCUGAAGGCCGAUCAGCUGUACAAGCAGAAGAUUAUCAGAGGUUUCUGUCACUUGUAUGACGGCCAGGAAGCCUGUGCUGUUGGUAUUGAAGCAGGUAUUAAUUUGUCCGACCACCUGAUUACGGCCUACCGUGCCCACGGCUACACUUUCACGAGGGGAGGCACUGUAAAGGAAAUCAUGGCUGAGCUCACAGGACGAAGAGGUGGUAUUGCAAAGGGCAAGGGAGGUUCCAUGCACAUGUACUGUAAACAUUUCUAUGGUGGAAAUGGCAUUGUUGGAGCACAGGUUCCAUUGGGUGCUGGCGUGGCUCUGGCCUGCAACUAUCUUGGCAAUCAACAAUUAUGCGUUUGUCUUUAUGGUGAUGGUGCUGCCAAUCAGGGUCAAAUCUUUGAGACGUAUAACAUGGCUGCACUCUGGAAGCUCCCUCUCAUCUUUAUUUGUGAGAACAACAGGUAUGGCAUGGGCACGUCAGUGGAGCGAGCAGCAGCCAGCACGGACUACUACAAGAGAGGAGACUACAUCCCUGGUCUCAGGGUGGACGGGAUGGAUGUCCUGUGUGUUAGGGAAGCAACUCGGUUUGCAGCUGAUAUGUGCCGAACUGGGAAAGGGCCUGUUCUGAUGGAACUUCAGACGUACCGCUAUCACGGUCACAGUAUGAGUGAUCCUGGUGUCAGCUAUCGCACACGUGAAGAGAUUCAGGAAGUGCGCAGUAAGAGCGACCCCAUCUCCUUGCUGAAGGACCGCAUGCUCAGCAAUAACAUGGCCAGUGUGGAGGAGCUCAAGGAGAUUGACGUCGAAGUACGGAAGGAAAUUGAAGACGCUGCCCAAUUUGCCACCACUGAUCCGGAACCGCCUCUAGACGAUCUGUGCAACCACAUCUUUCACAACGAUCCACCGCUGGAGGUGCGUGGCACCAACCCAUGGACCAAGCUCAAGUCUGUUAGUUAAAUCAUUUUCACCAACUCCUCUCUUCAUAUAAAUCUACUCUACGGCCCCAAAGAAAACGCUGUUAUGUAUAGUUAUGAAAGUCACAUCUCAAACCAAUCACCAACUUGCAGAAGAUGUGACUGCUGUCUUAUACAUUAAUUUACCAUAUAUUGCGCACUCAUAUUGCGCACUAAUGUUUAGAACAGCUUCCCGGCAAUAAACGUCCUCUCAAGAGUAAUAUUCA